AUGUCUUUAAGUAUUUAUGGAAAUCGAGAAAGCGGUCAAGAUGUGAGAACGGCAAAUGUUACGGCUGUUCAAGCUCUUUCAAACAUUUUAAAAUCAAGUCUGGGACCACAAGGAUUAGAUAAGAUGUUAGUGGAUAACAUUGGAGAUGUUACAAUAACGAAUGAUGGUGCUACUAUUUUAAAACAGUUAGAAGUUCAGCACCCAGCAGCUAAGAUUUUAGUGAAUUUGUCUGAGUUACAAGAUCAAGAAGUAGGGGAUGGGACAACUUCAGUCGUGUUGCUAGCAUCUGAAUUGUUAAGAAGAGGAAAUGAAUUAAUUAAAAUGGACAUUCAUCCUACAACUGUCAUAUGUGGUUACAAAUUAGCUAUGAAAGAAUCUGUUAAAUAUAUAAAAGAAAAAUUAGGUGAACGAGUAAGUAAUUUAGGAAAAGAUGUGAUUAUAAAUAUAGCCAAAACUACAUUAUCUUCUAAAUUCAUUAGCUAUGAAUCUGACUAUUUUGCUAAAAUGGUGGCUAAUGCUAUUCAAUCUGUAAAAAUUAUUAACGAUGUAGGCAAAACUAAAUAUCCUGUUUCUUCUGUUAAUAUAAUUAAAGUGCAUGGAUUAAGUUCAUUGGAUUCCAAGCUAAUUGAUGGAUAUGCAAUUAUGAGUGGUAGAGCAUCCCAGUCUAUGCCAACUGCUAUUAAAAAUGCAAAAAUUGCUUUUUUAGAUUUCCCUUUAAAACAGUAUAGAUUACAUUUAGGUGUUCAGGUAAAUAUUAAUGAUCCUACAGAAUUAGAAAAAAUCAGACAAAGAGAAAAAGAUAUAACGAAAGAAAGAGUAAACAAAAUUUUAGAAUCUGGUGCAAAUGUUAUAUUAACAACUCAAGGAAUAGAUGAUAUGCCACUCAAAUAUUUUGUUGAAGCUGGGGCCAUAGCAGUUAGAAGAGUUAAUAAAGAUGAUUUAAGGAGAAUAGCUAAAUUAACCAAUGGUCAGAUACGACUCACUUUAUCAUCUAUUGAUGGUACCGAGAAAUUUGAAUCUGCAUCUUUAGGAUAUUGUGAUGAAGUGUAUGAAGAAAAAGUAGGUGAUUGGGAUGUUAUGUUUUUUAAAGGAUGUAAAACUUCCAAGUCUAAUACUAUUUUGUUAAGAGGAGCUAAUGAUUUUGUUUUAGAUGAAAUGCAACGAUCAAUUCAUGAUGCCCUCUGUUCAGUGAGUCGUGCUUUAGAAAGUAAUUAUGUAGUUGUAGGUGGAGGGUGUGUUGAAGUUGCUUUAUCAGUUUACCUGGAAGAUUUUGCAAAAACUUUGGGUUCUAGAGAACAAUUGGCUAUUGCUGAAUUUGCAGAAUCUUUAUUAGUCAUACCCAAAAUAUUAGCCCAAAAUGCAUCAUAUGAUUCUAUAGAUUUAGUAUGUAAAUUAAGAGCAUAUCACACAAAAUCUCAGGUUAUGAACACAGAAGAUCCAAAGGACUAUAGAUGGUAUGGAUUAGAUUUAGUUAACGGAAAAGUCGCCAACAAUUUGAAGAAUGGUGUUUUGGAAGCCAUGAUUAGUAAAAUAAAAUCAAUCAGAUUUGCAACAGAAGCAACCGUUACAAUUUUAAGGAUUGAUGAUCUCAUUAAAUUGACUCCUGAAGAGCGUCGGGAGGAGCAGCCUUAA